AUGUCCGUUCAGGUUCCAUAUCAACACAGUUCAGGGUACAUUUCUCAUUUUCAUAAUAACGAACUCGAUCCAGAUGGCGGGAGAGAUUACAACGUUACGAUCAAGUACCUGGAUGACAAAGAUGAAAAGGAGGAAGGUCACGUAACGAAUAGUAUUCAUAAUGCAAGUCUACAUAUUCCAAUUCUUUUGUGUUUGAUAAUCGCACUUGGUGGCUUUAUCUUUGGAUGGGACAUUGGAACCAUUGGUGGAAUGACAAACAUGAUUAGCUUCCAACAGAAAUUUGGUACAACCGAUAUUAUUGAUGAUGGAGAAACCGUUUUCAUUUCUACUAAGCAAUUGAAUGAUUUACAAAUAGGUUUGAUCAUCAGUAUUUUCAAUAUCAGUUGCGGGGUGGGGGCUUUAACUCUAUCAAAAAUGGGUGACUGGACCGGUAGAAAGGCUGGAAUUUGGUUUGCCUUGGUCGUGUACUGUAUUGGUAUAACGGUUCAGAUCUUUUCCUGUGGUAGAUGGUAUUUUUUAACUUUAGGAAGAGCAGUAACUGGUAUUGGAGUGGGAAUAACCACCGUGUUAGUACCAAUGUUUCUUUCCGAAAACUCUCCACUAAAGAUUAGAGGUUCCAUGGUCUCGAUGUACCAGUUGGUUGUGACAUUUGGUAUCCUUAUGGGAAAUGUUUUGAACUUCAUAUGCGUGAGAUGCUAUAGAGAUCCGUUUCAGAACAUAUCCUGGCAAUUACCGUUAUUUUUGAGCUACAUUUGGGCCAUCAUAAUUGGAAUGUCGCUUGUUUACGUUCCUGAAUCGGCCCAGUACUUGGCCAAGAUUAAAAAUGAUGUGCCGGCUGCUAAAAGCUCCUUUGCUAAGAUGAACGGUGUUUCUGAAACAGAUAGUAUUGUGACUGAGUUUAUUGAUGAUUUGAUGGAAAAUAAUUAUGCCCAAGAGGAAUCUAAUGAAGAAGAGAAGAAGAAGAGAAGUCUCGUGAAGAAGCAAAGUUUCGAGUUUGUCUUGGGAAAACCAAAGUUAUGGUUGAGAUUAAUUAUCGGCAUGAUGAUAAUGGCCUUUCAACAAUUAUCUGGAAUAAAUUAUUUUUUCUAUUAUGGAACAUCUGUUUUUAAAGGCGUUGGAAUCAAAGAUCCCUAUAUCACCUCAAUGAUUCUUUCCAGUGUCAACUUUCUCUCCACAAUAUUGGGAAUGUAUUACGUAGAGAAAUGGGGACGCAAGACCUGUCUGUUGUAUGGUUCAACAAAUUUAUUAUUCUAUAUGAUGACUUAUGCGACAGUCGGGACAUUUGGAAGAGAAACCGAUUUUUCAAAUAUUGUUCUAAUAAUUGUGACCUGUUGCUUUAUUUUUUGGUUUGCAAUUACAUUAGGCCCAGUUACAUUUGUGCUGGUUUCUGAACUAUUUCCCUUGAGGACCAGAGCACUUUCAAUGGCGAUUUGCACAUUUGUCAAUUGGAUGUUCAAUUUCUUGAUUUCAUUUUUAACUCCAAUGAUUGUGUCCAAGAUUGAUUUCAAAUUAGGCUAUAUAUUUGCCACUUGUCUGUUAGCGUUAAUUAUAUUCAGUUGGAUACUGGUACCGGAAACGAGGAAUAAGAACGAACAGGAGGUGAAUAAAAUAUUUGAGUCAGAUUAG